AUUUCGGAAAGUAAGGAGAAAAGCCAGGCAUUUUAUUAUAAUAGAGAAGAUUAUUUACCAGUCGAUCCAAGUCGUAAUACGAUAAUCGCUAAAAAUGAUGACUAUGGAUCAACAGCGACUAUUAAUCGGGAUUUAAUUAUUGGUAAAGAUAUCCUAUUUAUGUCUUGUGACAUAAAGGAAUAUAAUGAGUAUAUAAACAAUAUCCCAUAUUACAUUUUACAACUUUAUGGUUAUCUUGUUAAUAGUCAAAAAGCUGUAGUUACAUUUUCUG